CACACACCAUGGAGCUUCUAACGUCUGACAAUGCGUACUUGCUCGGGGUAGGGCUCCUGGCAUAUGCCGUCCUGAGGACCCUCUACCGACUUUACUGGCACCCCCUCAGCCGUGUCCCUGGUCCCAAGUUGGCCGCCAUAUCCAGUCUCUAUGAGUUCUACUACCAGUGCAUCCAGCACGGCCGGUACCACUUCCAACUGGUGAAGAUGCACAAGCAAUACGGCCCCAUUGUCCGCGUCGGCCCCAACGAAGUCCACAUCAUCGAUCCGACUUUCUACGAGGAGAUCUACUCAUCCAGUACACGUCGUCGCAACAAGACGCCGCAGUAUGGCCCCCAGUUCGGCAUGCCGGAGUCAAUGUUUGCGACAAUCGACCACCAGCACCACCAUGCCCGCCGCGCGACCAUCAGCCACUUCUUCUCCAAACGCUCCAUCCAGUCCCUGUCGCCUAUCACCGAGCGCUGCGUGCUGAAACUCAUGCAGCGUCUACAGGAGUUUCAUGACGAGGACAAAGUGAUCCGGCUGGACGACGCGUUCGCAGCCAUGACCUCGGACGUGAUGACGUACUACUCGUACGGCGCGAGCCAGGGGUUCUUGGAAGACCCGAGCUUUCGCAGCGAGAUCCGCACCCUGGUCAACGAGUUCGCAGCGACCGCGCACCUCAACCGCUUUCUUCCAUGGAUGUCGAUGAUUCUGCGGCGCAUCCCGCCGCGCAUCCUGGCCAUUCUGCAGCCCGGCCGCGCCAGCACCCUCGACUACCUGAGCAGCAUCCACGCCCUCUCCACACAAUCCAUCGACACCGACACCACAGCCCCGCGCGAGCACAAACCCGCCAAGCACAAGACCAUCUUCUCGCAACUGGCCGACCCCAGUAUCCCGGCCAGCGAACGCACCCGCGGCCGCUUCCAAGACGAGGCCAUCCAAUUCCUGAUGGCGGGGACUGAGACCACCUCCAGUGCCUUGACAUACGCUGCAUACAUCCUGGGCAGUCGCAAGGAGUUCCUGGAGCGGCUGCGCGAGGAACUGAAGACCGUGCUCCCGACGCCAACGAGUACCGCCAGCUGGACGGAGCUGGAAAAGUUGCCGUAUCUGACAGCGAUAAUCACCGAGACCCUUCGUCUCUCGGCCCCAGUCAUGCGCUUACCCCGCGUCGCACCGACCGAAACGCUGACCUACAACGGAUACGAGUUGCCGCCUGGUACUACCCUGAGCGCCUCCGCCUACUUCAUCCACCGCGACCCCACCCUCUUCCCCGAAGGCGAUACCUUCAACCCCGACCGCUGGCUGCAGGGCGAGAAAAGCGAGCAUCUGAAGCGGUACAUGGUGGCCUUUUCAAAAGGCAGUCGCGCGUGUGUGGGCAUCAAUCUCGCGUACAACGAGCUGUACCUGGCACUCGCGUACUUUGUGCGGCGGUUCGACUUUGAGUUGUACGAUACCACGCCGGAGGAUAUGGAAUUGGUGGCUGAGACGGUGCUGCAGGUGACGAGGAGGGGGUUUCCGACGGUUUAUGCGCGGAUUACGGGGGUGGUUGGGGAGUAA